CMGUCGGAGCGCGAGGCUGGACAGGACCUCGCCGACAGCCGCGAGAGAAAGAAGGGUGUGGGGCAGGACCCUGGAGCGCGCGCGCAAUAUUGUGCGCUUUUGAGCUCUUUACGCGCGCGGGACACAAGCGGAAUGCUGCACCGCGCGCUCUUUGCAGCAGGUGACUGGAAGAACCAAGAAAAAAGUGUUGAGUGCGGCUGGAGCUGGAGUCCCAGCCCCGCUGCAGCCGGGGGCCACGGCUCGGGGGCGGGGAGUGGGCGGGGCUGGGAAAGUUGAGUCUCAGUCGCGGAGGGCUGGGCUCGGCUCGGGAGCGCCCGCCGCAGAAACCGUAAAAGGCUGGAGCGGGCGGAGUGGGUGUGGCUCUGCCUGCGAGAUCGGAGCCCCAGUCCAGGUUCUCGUCGUCUCCCGCGGCCGCAGCCUCUCAGUCAUGGGCUCCGUCUGGUCAGCCCUGCUGGUCGGAGGGGGUCUGGCAGGAGCGCUUUUCGUUUGGCUGCUGCGGGGCGACCCCGGGGACAACGGGAAGGACGGGGGCACCGAGCAGCAUAAGGACGCCGAUAUUGCGGCUCCUGGAAGCGAUCAGGGUGCUGGCAGCGGUGGAUUGAGCCCCGGACCUUACAAGCAGGAGGUGGUCAUCAAACCAGAGCAUCUUCAAGAAAGCAAUGGACAUUUGAUUUCUGAGACCAAAGGUCUUGGUAACCUACAGGAAGCAUCACAGAGACCACAGAAUCCUUCCGGAGAAUACUGGGACAGUGCAAGACAGCAUGCUCCCUCUAGACAGAUCCCAGACACACAGUCUCCAGCUACCUCUGAGAUUGCUAACUCCAGGGGUUACUCUCAAGUUUCAAGAAAUAAAAGCCUUGAAUCUCACAGAGGAGAACAGAAAUUCCAAAAAGAACAUGACACACCCACUAAAGCAGCUAUAUCAUCUGCAGAGAAGUUGMCUUCUAGCAACCUGCUCAUGGACAGAGCUACAGAAGUGAGUCUUGCACAGUUGAACAGUCAGGACCUUACUGACCAUGAGGACUGGGAAAUGGUGUCUAGGCACUCAUCUUGGGGAGAUGUGGGUUUGGGUGGUAGUCUUGAGGCCUCAAUGGACAGUGGCAGAAGCACUCGUGUGGAGGCAAGAGGUUGGGAAGUGAAUGGGAAAGCAAAAAAGGUUGCAACGAUGGCUUCAGAGUCUCGGCAAGUUAACAUCAGGUUUCAGGUGCAUUACAUCACGGGCACUGAUAGUCAAUUCAUCGCAAUAACUGGAGACCAUGAGAAUCUUGGGAGGUGGAAUACUUACAUCCCUCUCCACUAUCACCAGGAUGGGUUUUGGUCUCAUUCUGUUUUCCUGCCAGCAGAUACAGUGGUGGAGUGGAAGUUUGUGUUGGUAGAGAAUGGGGGAGUUACUCGCUGGGAAGAAUGCAGCAAUAGACUCUUAGAGACUGGUCAUGAGGAUAAAGUGGUUCAGGGCUUGUGGGGGAUUCACUGAUUCUGCCUGCCAAAUAACAGGCUGUAG